AAACUGGUACGUAUGAAUAUGCCCGUGGAUGAGAACGGAUGUGUGCAGUUCAGCACCACUCUGUUUGCUCUGAUUCGCGAGUCCUUGGGCAUCAAAACGGGACCAACAGAUAUUAUGGAUCAGCGAGACAACGAGUUACGUGAAACUAUUUGUAAAAUGUGGCCAGUUCGGGGGCGUAAAAUGCUACACAUUCUCCUACCCCCGGAUUCCGAAUUGAUCUAUCACAAAAUGACAGUUGGAAAGAUCUACGCAAGUUUCCUCAUCAUUGAAAAUUGGCGUACCACACGUGCCUUCCAAGGAAAAGGCGGUACAGCGAAAUCCGCGAGCAUUUUGGCUAGAUUUUUCGGAGCUGUGAAAAAGAAUGUGCACAAAUCCACUGUGGGUUCGGACGCCGAAGAAGAGCAUAACAGCGGUGGUGAUAACGGUGUAUCGCCUGGAAAAGGAGUGGAUAAAACUCAACGAGGCAGUGUGUUUUCACAGGGUGUGCGUCGUUAUCCAAAUGGGCAGGUGAGAAUUCCAUCAGUCAGUUCACCAAACGGGCUCCCCGUACAUCGGACACGCCCAUCGAGUCCGGACGGUACCAGCCCGGAAACGGUUCUGCCGGCCAGUUCAAAACCACGACCACCGACCACUGAUUGGUCACGUGACACGCAUAUCGGCCCUCAAGAUCGACAUGUGAACAGGGACUACUACGGGAUUUUGGGCAUGAUUGGAGAUAAUGAUGCUUCCGAGGGAACGGAAGAAGAUGAGGAUGAGGAGCAAUUCUGGCACCCACAAAACCUGCCCGGCGCGGAUUUGAAACGGUCCGCUUUUGGACAGCAUGCUCGGAUCACGGAAACGUCAGAGGAUACGGAUGGAAGUAUUCCCUCGGACGAUUCACAUCGAUAUCCCGAACACAUGGAAUCGGGCCCAUUCUAUAUCGGAUCUGGUGACCGACUGAAUCAAUCGUGGCAUGAACGAGAUCGUCAUUUAUAUCCGAUUCCGUGUGAUACUGCAGUCGCCAGUGGAUCUCACUACACGGGCCCUUACCGUGUGCAAAAUUACGAAAAUACUGUGUUCCAAGUACCUAGACCGAUGUAUGUUCACGAAAAUCCGUCUGGUGGUGAGCCCGAUUUGUACUUCAUUUUGAUGAACAUGAAUNAUGAAUAUGCCCAGCUACCGACCCCAGAAUUUCCCCGCGGUUCGGCUCUCUCCGCCUACGGUCCAUCCACAUCUUAUCCGGCCAUACCUGAGGAAUCUGCAAUGACAGCAAGACGUAAACGUCGUUGGCCUUUCCGUCAAAGUUCGGAUCCAAUGUUAGCUGAAAGGAAUGCCAACAUGUCGCAUGCAUUUGGGCAAGUAAGAAGCCCAUUGCUUGGUUAUGGCGAGUCCUAUACAUGCCGCCUGCCUCCCAUAGAUGAAACACCGGAUCUGACUAAUAAAUCAAAUCGCCCGACAUUUUAUGCUGUACCUCCACCAUCUGGGCCUAGUACCAUGGAGUCUUGCGAUUUAUACGCAAACUUAAGCUGUCCGCCACCUUUGCGGCAUGUUCAGCCCCGACCUCCAACCGUUCCUGAUCCUCCUGGUUCAUCUAUGCUUCAACCAAGUCAACACAGUGCAGGUUUUGGUCAAACAUCUGCGUUCAGAUCAGCGAAUGAUUUGUGGAACUGCCGAUCGUCAAGACAGUAUGCUUAUUCUUCUGCUCCCCCGGCGCAACCCUAUCCAUUCAACCGGACAUUUAGUACCAGUGAUAUGACUCACCGGAUGCCCCAGCAACCAUUAGAUGUUGGUUACAGUAAUCAUUUCGCCAAUCAAUCUAUAGCUGGAAUGGGUCAAUCAAUGCCAGUGGGUCAUCGACCUGGUUGGCCCACCUUAGCAGACUCUCCUACACAAACCGAGUACGAACCGGACAAUUCGAUUCCGGAUGCAGAUCGUUCGCAUGAACAAAGAGAGUGA